AUGAAGAUGAAGUUUUACCUGCUCUUUUUUACCCUAUUUAUCUGGAUUCAAGAGACACAUGUCUUCGCUCUUCCAAGGGAUGAAGUUUUGUGGGCUCUCCCACAAACAGACAAACAGGUCGAAGCCCUUCAGGAUUUACUGAACACCACUGAGGUCAUUCUCUGGCAACCUAUUGUGGUUGAAAACAUCCAGAAGGCCAGAGAAGUCCAUUUCUAUGUCGGGGCAUCCAGCAUAAAUGGCAUAAAAGCUCAGUUAAGGCAACUGACCAUCCAACACAAAGUCUUGAUAGGAGAUGUUCAAGGACUUAUUGAAAAACAGACUAUCAAUGAUACAGUCAACCCACGCAGAUCUUCAUCAUAUUAUGAAAACUACCAUUCGAUGAAAGAAAUAUAUCACUGGAUGGAAGAAAUAGUGAAAGUCCAUUCUGACCUCCUCCAGAAAAUAUAUAUUGGAUCAUCAUAUGAGAAACGACCACUUUAUGUUCUGAAGCUUUCUAAGGGCCAGGAAAAAUCCAAAAGUGCCAUAUGGAUUGACUGCGGUAUCCACGCUAGAGAAUGGAUUUCUCCUGCUUUUUGCCUGUGGUUCAUAGGCUAUGCAACUCACAUGCGUGAGAGGGAUCAGAUCAUGACAACACUUCUGGAGCACUUUGAUUUCUACGUCAUGCCUGUGAUGAAUGUGGAUGGCUACGAGUACACGUGGAGCCAUACUUCU